GCGUCUCUCUUCUUCUUUUACUAUGGGAGCUAACGUUUCUUCGCCUGACCAGAGGUUCCACUUCACCGAUUUCCAACCCAAGAAGCAGAUAUGGAAGACUCCUUUUGAGCUGGAGGGUUCCCCUUUUGUCGAGGACAAGCCCCGGGUUGCAGAAAUCAAGAACAAAAGCCAGUGGAGGGCUCGGCUCAACGCUCUAAAAGACACCGACAAGCUCCUGGUGAUCGACUUCACGGCCAAAUGGUGCGGACCGUGCAAGUCACUCGAGCCGAAGCUCGAAGAGUUUGCUGCUAAGUACACCGAUGUCGAGUUCGUGAAGAUCGACGUUGACGUGUUAAUGAGCGUGGCCAUGCAGUUCAACGUUCACACGUUGCCGGCCAUGGUAUUCGUGAAAAGGGGUCAAGAGCUAGACCGAGUCGUGGGGUUGAAGGUCGAUGAGCUUUUGAGGAAGAUCGAGAAAUUCAGACAACCCUUCUGACUGAAACAAUGACAGAUCCAAA